GCGCCCCCGGGGGCCCUGCGCUGCGCCCUCGGGGACCGCGGCCGCGUGAGGGACCGGGCAGCGCCCUACUUUGUGGCGGAGCUCGCCGCAGGCCCCAGCGCGCCCUCCCCGUUGCCCCCUCAACCUGGCUUUGAAGCGUCUUCAGGAGCCGACAAGCGGGGCGCCCCGCAGCCGCUGUCCGGCCCGUGCCGGCGAGGAUGGCUGCGGGGCGCCACCGCCUCCCGCCGCCUGCAGCAGCGACGCGGGCCUCCACCAGAAGCCGGCACGGGAGAAGACGACCCUCACCGGCUCCUGCAGCAGCUCGUGCUCUCCGGCAACCUCAUCAAAGAGGCCGUGCGGAGACUCCAUUCGCGACGGCUGCGGUUACACGCGAAGCUUCCCCAACGCUCGCUCCUGGGGCCUCUGUCGGCCCCGGUGCAUGAGCCCCCUUCACCCCGCAGCCCUCGCGCCGCCUGCAGCGAGCCAGGCGCCCCCGGGAGAAAGGCUCUUCUUAGAACUGGCGAAGGCUUUCUGGUCCCUGGCAGCUAACGCCCCGAGAAUGGCCACAGCGCCAGUCUGACU